UAUAUCAGUGCAUUCGUAACACUUUAACCAUUACGAAACUUCUAUUCGAUCAAAUAAGCCUCGAGUAGCAAAUUAGCCUUUUUUAUGAAUUUGUUUGACCAAAUUCGACACUCAUACAAACAUUCCUCAUCCGUGGUCUUAUUUUCGUGGAAAGAUUUUGGGCAGAGUAAACCCUCUCGUUUCGCCUCGUCCUCUCUGGUAAGGUUUGUCCAUGGCCUGACAGACCGGUAUUUGUUUACUUUACUGAGUACAGAGAAGGACGAGAUUUCAAGGGGUUGUCGUGGUAUAGGUAAAACCCGAAAGCAUAAUUUAUGCACCCUCAGUGACCCAGGACAUCGAGCUUGGAAUAAAUAAACGACUUCAUUAACGUUUUUAUAAUAUAGGCUAAACGCAGCUUUUUUGGUUGCGUCUAGGCCUACUUGGAUAAGUGAACUGCUUCAAAUAGCCAAUCCGAAGUGGACGAAGAUCAGUGUUUUCAGCAGUAACCUACAGAUCCAGUGAUCCGUUGUUCUACUUGAGGUUGUGAUAAAAUAACCCACAUAAAAUAUAAUGGCAGCCUCAGCAACUGCCCGGCGAAUGCAGAUGGGUGUGCGGACAUUCAGUGAAUUUCUGGAGAUGGCUGUAGGCUCAAGUCGCUCACCUUGUCACACGGCGGGGUCAAGAGAACAUAUGAGACAAACCAUCAGACACUUGUCAUCAUGCGGUAUUGUAAUGACCAGGACUCCCAGAGUGCUUUGCCACCAGCAGGAUUGGGACAUGAUGACAUCAGUUCCCCACAGCAGAACUUUCAUGGGGUUCACCAAUAAGAGAAAGGAGUACUCAGAGCGGAGGAUACUGGGGUACUCUAUGCUGGAGAUGUAUGAUGUGGUAGCCAACGUGGAUGACUACAAACUCUUUGUCCCCUGGUGUAAGAAGUCCCAGACCAUCAUGAAGAGGGCAGGCCACUCCAAAGCUCAGCUGGAGGUGGGGUUCCCACCCAUCGUAGAGCGAUACACAUCCAUGAUCAGCGUGGUGCGACCACACAUGGUCAAAGCAGUGUGCACAGAUGGAACACUUUUCAACCACCUGGAGACAAUAUGGCGCUUCAGUCCUGGCAUCCCUGGUUAUCCCCGCACCUGCACUGUGGACGUUUCGAUCUCGUUUGAGUUCCGCUCCUUGCUCCACUCCCAGUUAGCAAGUGUGUUUUUUGACGAGGUGGUAAAGAAGAAUGUGUCUGCCUUUGAGCGUCGGGCCGGCACGCUCUACGGCCCACAGACUUGCGUCCCACGGGAGUUAAUGUUCCAUGAGGUACAUCAAACGUGAGGUCCAUCUGCCAUUGUGUGUCCUUGCCCCAAACCAGCCUGCACCUUAACCCUGGCAGUCCCCUGUAUCUCCUAGCUGGAGCAGCAUGACACUACACCAACCAGCCCCCAUCAACCGCCUCCAGUCUCCGUUACCACGAGGCCCAGAUGCCAUUGGCUUGGUCCCAGGUCUGUUUGUGCUGUCUUGCCAACUCCUAUGGUCACAAUGGCAUGACAGACAGCACUUCUGAGAUCUUGGAGUAUCUGUGACAGCAGAUCUGGGACCAGGCUAAGCUGCCACUAGUGCAUCCUCCUCACAUUAUAGAGUAAGGACCAAUCAGUGUGGGCUUCAGCCCAGCUUAUCACCCUACACAACUAGUUGACUUGAAAGUCCCAUAUCUUAGCCUGUAUCAUUGUCUUGUAAAAAGCUGCCGUCUACCUCCUCACAAGGGUUACUCUUCAGCACAGGCCCCUUGUUGCAUUGACGUGUGUGCGCAAUUUUAAAAGAAGAAUCCUUCUUCUAAAUCUAAUUGUAAAACAAAAAAGCCACUACACAAAUCGGAAUAGAUUGAAUUUAUUGCUGUGUAAUCAUGAGUGAGCAGGACACAAUAUUGAGUGAACGAAUGACAUGGACCAUUUUGAGUCUGUCUUAGUAUGUGACUGCUGUAGACACUCUUAGUAUGUGACUGCUGGAGACACUUUAGAUUGCUGUAGAGUGGGUGCAGGUGCACUCCACUUACCUGCUACAUUCUAGUAGUCCAAUCAUGCAAAAUUAAUUUAUCUUAAAGGGGCAAUCCAUAGUUGAAACAAUAACAACUUAAGCAUUCUCCCCACCACUGUUUCGGUAAAAAGCUGAGGGAUGGGGCUAGAGAAAUGUAGCUACUCUCAAAUUCAUGGUCAGAGCUAUGGAUACAAGGACUGACCAUCCAUGAUAUCAAAAUUAUAGUUUUAACCAUGCUGAUGUUAAAAUAUAUA